AUGGCAAGCUUUCUGCAGUUCUUAGAUCAACAUGGUGUCUACUUCGUUUGGAAUCCCAUUUUCUUAUCUCUUCCUCCCUUGUUCUUGGCACUACUCUUCCUGCUCAAAUGCUUCUCCACUCCCUCAACCACCCCACAAAAAAAACUUCCUCCUUCACCACCAAAGCUCCCGGUCAUCGGAAACCUCCUCCAAUUGGGCUUGCAGCCCCACCGCUCGCUCCAGUCCUUAGCCCAACGACAUGGCCCGUUCAUGCUGCUCCACUUUGGCAGUGUCCCCGUGCUUGUUGCCUCAUCUGCCGAUGCUGCUUGUGCGAUCAUGAAGACCCAUGACCUCGUCUUUUCAAACAGACCCAAACUAAGUAUCAAUGGUAAACUGUUCUACAAUUUCAGGGACGUAGCCAACUCUCCUUACAACGAAUACUGGAGGCAGAUCAGAAGCAUAUGUGUCCUCCAGCUGCUCAGCAACAGAAGAGUCGAGUCCUCGCGCACCGUGAGGCAUGACGAAAGGGUUCUUCUUGUUGAGAACAUUGAACGGGCUUCGGAGUCUUCGGGGUGGGUAGAUUUGAGCCAAAUGCUAGUGGGGAUGACAAAUGAUGUGGUGUGCAGGGUGGCACUGGGGAGAAAAUAUGGUGAAGGUAGGAGGGGGUUUAGGGAGAUAUUGGAUCAGUUUGUGGAGCUGCUGGGUGGUUUUUACAUUGGGGAUUAUAUACCAUGGCUUGGCUGGGUGAAUAGAGUGAGCGGUGUGGAUGGGAAAGCAGAGAGGGUUUUUAGGGAGAUGGACAGUUUCCUAGAUGAAGUAGUUGAAGAGCACAGCAGAAAAAGAGAGGGUGGUAAGGUCGAGGGUGAUGAAGGAAAGGACUUUGUAGACGUUUUGCUUGAGAUCCAAAAGGACAAUACGGCUGGUUUUUCUUUGGAUAGAGAGUGCAUCAAAGCGCUUAUCUUGGAUAUGUUUGCUGCAGGGACUGAUACCACUUACUUGGUGCUAGAAUGGGCCAUGGCGGAGCUCCUGAGGCACCCUGCAGCCAUGAAGGAACUGCAAAAUGAGGUAAGAGGAAUCAGCUUCGGUACUAAACUACACAUAGCAGAAGAAGAUUUGGGGAAAAUGCAUUACCUAAAAGCAGUGAUCAAAGAGACACUCCGUUUACAUCCGCCAGAUCCGUUACUCGUUCCACGGGAAUCCACCCGAGAUGUUCGAGUCAAUGGCUACGACAUUGCAGCUGGGACCAUGACCAUUAUCAAUGCCUGGGCAAUUGGAAGAGACCCCGCCUUUCGGGACGAACCCGAGGAGUUCUGGCCGGAGAGGUUCUUGAACAGUUCAGUAGACUUUAGGGGACAAGACUUCCAACUGAUUCCAUUCGGAGCAGGGAGGAGGGGUUGCCCGGGGACUUCCUUUGCCAUGGCCACCAUUGAGAUUGUGUUGGCAAAUAUUGUCUGCCUGUUUGAUUGGGCAUUGCCUGGUGGAGCAAGAGGGGAGGAUUUGGAUAUGACUGAUGAUGGAUCCAUACCCAGUCAACAGAAGGCUGCUGCUCUCCUUCAAUAUCUACGGCGCCGGCUGCCCUGCUCCGUCAACAUUUCCGGCUCCACCUGCUUUGCCGGAAAUGUUGACAUUUCCGGCCGCCCAUUGUUGAAUUUUUUGCUCCCGCUUGUGUGUAUAUAUACAUGUGUGUGUGGUGUUGUAAAUCAGAGUGCAGAGUGUGCAGAGUGCAGUGCAGUAAGAGAUAAGAGAGAGUUGAGUGAGUGCUGAGGGAAUCCUCCUCCUCCUCUCUGUUUAUUUUUCCCAGCAAAUAAUAAUCCCUCGCUCCCGUGGACUUAGGCCGGAAUUUGGCCGAACCACGUAA